CUAGCGAACAUCGCAAAAACGUUUAGCGUGAUCGUGUUUUGUACGGUGUUUGUUAUUGCCAAUUAUUGGAGAAAAACUGUUUGAAAACUAGUGAAAAUCACGUAAAACCAGAUUUGAGUGGUUGCUACUUCCGCUUGUGAAGAUGGCUCUUCCGCCAUACAUGAUUCCCCCCAACCAAUGGGCUGCUCACAUGAUGGCCCAGCAGCAGGCCUUCGCUGUUCAGCAUGCCCAAGCUCAGCAACACCAGGCAGCAGCCGCUCAAAUGCAUGCCCAACAGCUAGCUGCCACACAGAUGCAGAUUCCUCCCCCUAUGGGGCACAUUCCUCCGCCAGGUCCCCCGAAGCCGGAUAUCAUCCUGUCGGAAGAAAAGCUGAUAGAGAAGGCCCAAAAAUGGCAGCAGCUGCAGACGAAACGCUUCGCCGAGAAGCGUAAGUUUGGAUUCGUGGAUGCACAGAAAGAGGACAUGCCACCGGAACACAUUCGAAAGAUUAUUAGGGAUCACGGAGAUAUGACUAGUAGAAAGUAUCGGCAUGACAAGCGUGUCUACUUAGGUGCGUUAAAAUAUAUGCCACACGCAGUUAUGAAACUGUUAGAAAAUAUGCCUAUGCCGUGGGAACAGAUUCGUGACGUUCCGGUUCUUUAUCACAUCACGGGAGCGAUUACGUUUGUCAACGAAAUACCGUGGGUUAUCGAGCCGGUUUACAUAGCACAGUGGGGAACAAUGUGGAUCAUGAUGCGUCGUGAGAAACGUGAUCGGCGACACUUUAAGCGUAUGAGAUUUCCACCUUUCGACGAUGAAGAACCUCCGCUCGAUUACGCUGAUAACGUACUAGAUGUUGAACCACUGGAGGCGAUUCAGAUCGAGCUGGACACGGAAGAAGACGGUAGUGUACAUGAGUGGUUCUACGAGCAUCGUCCACUGAUCGGAACGCCAUACGUAAAUGGUUCCACUUACAGAAAGUGGAACUUGACGCUACCGCAAAUGGCGACUCUCUAUCGGCUUGCGAAUCAAUUGCUGACCGAUCUGGUCGAUGGUAAUUUCUUCUAUUUGUUUGAUCCGAAGAGUUUCUUCACCGCUAAGGCACUGAACAUGGCCAUCCCGGGAGGCCCAAAGUUUGAGCCUCUAAUCAAGGAUCACAAUGUCGGAGAUGAAGAUUGGAACGAGUUCAACGACAUUAAUAAGAUUAUCAUACGACAACCUAUUAGAACCGAGUACCGAAUUGCUUUUCCAUACCUUUACAACAAUAUGCCCCAUUUCGUGCAUCUCUCCUGGUAUCACACUCCAAAUGUAGUUUUUAUAAAAACGGAAGAUCCGGAUCUGCCAGCUUUUUACUUCGACCCAUUGAUUAAUCCGAUCGCCCAUCGACAUGCUGUGAAAUCAGUGGAGCCUCUUCCAGAUGACGACGAGGAGUUUACUCUACCGGAAGAGGUGCAACCAUUUUUGCAGGAUACACCACUUUACACCGACAACACGGCAAACGGAAUAUCACUGCUCUGGGCGCCACGUCCGUUCAAUAUGCGUUCUGGACGGUGCCGUCGAGCUAUCGAUAUCCCUCUGGUGAAGGGUUGGUACAAGGAACACUGUCCGCCAGGACAUCCGGUCAAAGUCCGCGUCAGUUAUCAGAAAUUGUUGAAAUAUUACGUUUUGAACGCAUUAAAGCAUCGGAAACCAAAACCCCAGAAGAAACGAUAUCUCUUCCGAUCGUUUAAGGCGACCAAAUUCUUCCAAACCACAACGCUUGAUUGGGUUGAAGCGGGUUUGCAAGUUUGUCGUCAAGGUUACAACAUGCUUAAUUUGUUGAUCCAUCGUAAAAAUCUGAACUAUCUUCAUUUGGAUUACAACUUCAAUCUGAAACCGGUUAAAACGUUGACUACUAAGGAGCGUAAAAAGUCCCGAUUCGGCAAUGCUUUCCAUUUGUGUCGAGAAAUACUACGCUUGACAAAGCUGAUAAUCGAUUCCCAUGUCCAGUACCGUUUGAACAACGUUGACGCCUUCCAGCUGGCCGAUGGGUUGCAGUACAUAUUCGCUCAUGUCGGACAACUGACCGGCAUGUAUCGGUACAAGUACAAAUUGAUGAGACAAAUCCGCAUGUGCAAGGAUCUGAAGCACUUGAUUUACUAUCGAUUCAAUACGGGCCCUGUUGGCAAAGGACCUGGCUGCGGUUUCUGGGCUCCAGGAUGGCGUGUGUGGCUCUUCUUUAUGCGGGGAAUUACUCCGCUAUUGGAGCGUUGGUUGGGAAAUCUGCUCUCCCGUCAGUUCGAGGGUCGCCAUUCGAAGGGUGUUGCGAAAACCGUUACUAAACAGCGAGUCGAAUCGCACUUUGACUUGGAAUUGCGUGCAUCCGUUAUGCACGACAUUGUGGACAUGAUGCCGGAGGGAAUCAAGCAAAAUAAAGCACGAACCAUUCUGCAGCAUCUGUCGGAAGCAUGGCGCUGCUGGAAGGCGAACAUCCCAUGGAAAGUUCCCGGACUUCCAAUUCCGAUAGAGAAUAUGAUUUUACGAUAUGUGAAGAUGAAGGCUGAUUGGUGGACUAAUACGGCCCAUUAUAACCGUGAACGUAUCCGACGUGGUGCCACAGUGGACAAAACUGUUUGUAAGAAGAACUUGGGUCGUCUAACCCGAUUGUACUUGAAGGCCGAGCAGGAACGACAACACAACUACCUGAAAGAUGGUCCUUACAUUUCGCCCGAGGAAGCAGUCGCAAUAUACACUACCACGGUUCACUGGCUGGAGUCACGCCGCUUUGCACCGAUUCCCUUCCCUCCGUUGUCAUACAAGCACGACACUAAGCUGUUGAUUUUGGCGCUGGAACGUUUGAAGGAAGCCUACAGCGUUAAAUCACGACUCAAUCAAAGCCAGCGUGAGGAAUUAGGUCUCAUCGAGCAGGCCUAUGAUAAUCCGCAUGAAGCCUUAUCGAGAAUUAAGCGUCAUCUUCUCACCCAGAGAGCGUUUAAAGAGACUGGUAUUGAGUUUAUGGAUUUGUACAGUCAUCUGAUUCCAGUUUAUGACGUAGAACCGUUGGAAAAGAUCACCGACGCCUAUCUUGACCAGUAUCUUUGGUAUGAGGCUGAUAAGCGUCGUCUAUUCCCACCGUGGAUCAAACCAAGUGACACGGAACCGCCACCGCUUUUGGUUUAUAAGUGGUGUCAAGGCAUCAACAACCUGCAGGACGUGUGGGACGUCUCCGAAGGCGAGUGCAACGUGCUGCUCGAAUCACGCUACGAAAAGUUGUACGAGAAAAUUGAUUUAACUCUGCUCAAUCGUCUGCUUCGUUUAAUCGUCGAUCACAACAUUGCCGAUUACAUGACGGCUAAGAACAACGUGGUAAUCAACUACAAGGACAUGAACCAUACCAACAGUUACGGAAUCAUCCGUGGUCUGCAGUUUGCUUCGUUUAUCGUACAGUACUAUGGUCUUGUGCUGGAUCUGUUAGUACUGGGUUUACAGCGAGCCAGUGAGAUGGCUGGCCCACCGCAGAUGCCAAACGAUUUCCUUACCUUCCAGGAUGUGGCCACCGAAACGUGUCAUCCUAUUCGGUUGUACUGUCGGUACGUGGACCGCAUUCAUAUCUUUUUCCGCUUCACGGCAGAAGAAGCGCGGGAUUUGAUUCAGCGCUAUUUGACCGAACAUCCGGAUCCAAACAAUGAAAACAUUGUUGGUUAUAAUAAUAAGAAAUGCUGGCCUCGAGAUGCCCGAAUGCGUUUGAUGAAGCACGACGUAAAUUUGGGACGAGCGGUUUUCUGGGAUAUCAAAAAUCGUUUGCCACGCUCGGUAACCACAGUACAGUGGGACAACACCUUCGUUUCGGUUUAUUCGAAAGACAAUCCGAAUUUACUGUUUAACAUGUGUGGAUUUGAAUGCAGGAUUUUGCCUAAGUGUCGCACUCAAAACGAAGAGUUCACACAUAGAGAUGGCGUAUGGAACUUACAAAACGAAGUAACCAAGGAACGUACGGCACAAUGUUUCCUUCGCGUGGAUGAUGAAUCACUAUCCCGAUUCCACAAUCGAGUGCGACAGAUUUUGAUGGCGUCCGGCUCUACAACGUUCACCAAGAUUGUAAACAAAUGGAACACGGCGUUGAUUGGAUUGAUGACAUACUUCCGGGAGGCAGUGGUCAAUACCCAGGAACUGUUGGAUCUGUUGGUAAAAUGCGAGAAUAAAAUUCAAACUCGUAUCAAGAUCGGAUUGAACUCGAAAAUGCCUUCCCGAUUUCCGCCGGUAGUUUUCUACACCCCGAAAGAGUUGGGUGGUUUAGGAAUGUUGAGCAUGGGACACGUUCUGAUUCCGCAAUCGGAUUUGCGUUGGUCCAAGCAGACUGAUACCGGAAUUACUCAUUUCCGAUCGGGUAUGUCACAUGACGAGGAUCAGCUGAUUCCGAAUUUGUAUCGCUAUAUUCAACCUUGGGAGAGCGAGUUUAUAGACUCUCAGCGUGUGUGGGCCGAGUAUGCACUUAAAAGACAGGAAGCAAACGCUCAAAACAGACGUUUGACUUUGGAAGAUUUGGAGGAUAGUUGGGAUAGAGGUAUCCCUCGAAUCAAUACUCUGUUCCAGAAGGAUCGUCACACGCUAGCAUAUGACAAAGGCUGGAGAAUCAGGACUGAGUUCAAGCAGUAUCAGGUUUUGAAGCAGAAUCCUUUCUGGUGGACACAUCAGCGACAUGACGGUAAACUAUGGAAUUUGAAUAACUACCGUACGGACAUGAUACAGGCUCUCGGUGGUGUGGAAGGUAUUCUAGAACACACACUAUUCAAGGGAACGUACUUCCCCACGUGGGAGGGUCUUUUCUGGGAAAAAGCGUCCGGUUUCGAGGAGUCGAUGAAGUACAAGAAACUGACCAACGCGCAGCGGUCUGGUUUGAACCAGAUUCCGAAUCGUCGAUUCACGCUCUGGUGGUCACCGACUAUCAAUCGAGCCAACGUCUACGUUGGUUUUCAGGUACAGCUGGAUUUGACUGGUAUUUUCAUGCACGGUAAAAUACCCACUCUAAAAAUUUCGCUCAUUCAAAUAUUCCGUGCUCACUUGUGGCAAAAGAUUCACGAGUCUAUCGUGAUGGAUCUUUGUCAGGUGUUUGAUCAGGAACUUGAUGCACUUGAAAUCGAAACCGUUCAAAAAGAAACGAUUCAUCCUAGGAAAUCAUACAAAAUGAAUUCGUCCUGUGCGGAUAUUCUUUUAUUCCCUGCGUAUAAGUGGAACGUAUCGCGGCCCUCGUUGCUGGCUGAUACGAAAGAUACGAUGGAUAAUACUACCACUCAAAAGUAUUGGUUAGACGUCCAGCUGAGAUGGGGUGAUUACGAUUCCCACGAUGUCGAGCGAUAUGCGAGAGCCAAGUUCUUAGAUUACACUACAGAUAACAUGUCCAUUUACCCGUCGCCUACUGGAGUCCUGAUUGCGAUCGAUUUGGCAUAUAAUCUUCACAGCGCCUACGGAAAUUGGUUCCCGGGUUGUAAACCGUUAAUUCAACAAGCAAUGGCUAAGAUAAUGAAGGCAAAUCCUGCCCUGUAUGUACUUCGUGAACGUAUUCGUAAGGCCCUUCAACUGUAUAGCUCCGAACCCACAGAACCCUACCUUUCAUCGCAGAACUACGGAGAACUGUUCUCUAACCAGAUCAUCUGGUUUGUGGACGACACAAAUGUGUAUCGCGUCACAAUCCACAAGACAUUCGAAGGAAAUCUUACCACAAAACCGAUAAACGGAGCAAUUUUCAUUUUCAAUCCUCGAACCGGUCAGUUGUUCUUGAAAAUUAUUCACACCUCAGUAUGGGCUGGCCAGAAACGUCUUGGUCAAUUGGCUAAGUGGAAAACUGCAGAGGAAGUAGCAGCUCUUAUUCGAUCGCUACCCGUAGAAGAACAACCCAAGCAAAUCAUUGUCACACGAAAGGGUAUGUUGGAUCCCCUUGAGGUGCAUUUGCUUGAUUUCCCCAACAUUGUCAUCAAGGGUUCGGAAUUGCAGUUACCCUUCCAAGCAUGCUUAAAAGUAGAAAAGUUUGGAGACUUGAUUUUAAAGGCAACCGAACCGCAAAUGGUGCUGUUUAACUUGUACGACGACUGGUUGAAGACUAUUUCAUCCUACACGGCGUUCUCUCGAUUGAUUCUUAUUCUGCGAGCCUUGCACGUUAACACAGAGCGUACGAAGGUGAUCCUGAAACCGGACAAAACAACCAUCACCGAGGCGCACCACAUUUGGCCAACGCUGAGCGAUGAAGAAUGGAUAAAGGUUGAAGUUCAACUGAAAGAUUUGAUUCUUGCCGAUUACGGUAAAAAGAACAACGUGAACGUCGCUUCGCUGACUCAGUCCGAAAUUCGUGACAUCAUAUUAGGUAUGGAAAUUUCCGCUCCAUCGGCUCAGCGCCAACAGAUUGCCGAAAUCGAAAAGCAAACCAAGGAACAGUCGCAAUUGACAGCUACCACCACUCGAACCACGAACAAACAUGGCGAUGAAAUUAUAACUUCAACAACCAGUAACUACGAAACGACCACGUUUAGUUCUAAAACAGAGUGGCGUGUGCGAGCUAUUUCGGCCACUAAUCUGCACCUUCGUACCAAUCAUAUUUACGUAAGCUCCGAUGACAUCAAGGAAACCGGUUACACGUACAUUCUACCCAAGAAUAUUCUCAAAAAAUUCGUCACUAUUUCCGAUCUAAGAGCACAAAUUGCAGGCUACCUGUACGGCGUGAGUCCACCCGACAAUCCGCAGGUCAAGGAAAUCCGUUGCAUCGUUAUGCCACCGCAAUGGGGUACCCAUCAGCAAAUCAACUUGCCGAAUUCACUUCCCUCUCAUCAGUAUCUAAAGGAUAUGGAGCCUCUGGGGUGGAUUCACACCCAACCAAAUGAAUUACCCCAACUGUCACCGCAGGACAUAACAACACACGCGAAAAUAAUGUCCGAGAAUCCAACGUGGGAUGGAGAGAAAACUAUCAUCAUUACGUGCUCGUUCACCCCCGGGUCGUGCUCACUGACGGCGUACAAACUGACUCCGUCCGGGUACGAGUGGGGCCACAAAAACACGGACAAGGGCAACAACCCGAAGGGGUAUCUUCCUUCGCACUACGAACGCGUUCAGAUGCUGCUGUCGAAUAAGUUCCUGGGUUUCUUCAUGGUCCCCGGUCAGGGCAGCUGGAACUAUAACUUUAUGGGCGUGCGGCACGAUCCGAACAUGAAGUACGAGCUGCAGCUGGCGAAUCCGAAAGAGUUCUACCACGAGGUACAUCGGCCGUCACAUUUCCUGCUGUUUUCCAGUUUGGAAGAAGGCGGCGACGGGAACGGAGCGGAUAGGGAAGAUUUGUAUGCGUAAAUGCCGGCGAGAAACCUUAUAGUAAGGUGGUGAUUCUGGGACUGCAUUUGUAAAUAUGCCCUUGCUAUAAUUGACUAAAAUAAUACUAUUUAGAAUAAAGUAACUACCUUGUUUCA